UCUCCCCUUACACUUCCACCUUCAACCGCAGGUGCAGAGCUACUCUCUCUCUAGAGCCUGAAAUACUGAAAACUAUGAACUCUUCUUCGACACCUCCACUAGACCCCAGCCCUCAUUUAGCCCCAAUUCCAAACCCAUGUGAUCUCUCAGCGACACUCUCCUCUCUCAAAACCCUCAUCUCUCUUUCUCAGCAAACCCUUCAGAAUUCCAAAACUCCGAAGACCCAAAAUGAGCACUUUCUCCCUUGCCCUUAUAACCCCCGCCAUCUCAUGCCCCCUGAAUCCCUCUUCCACCACACUCUCCGAUGCCCAUCUCCUCUCCCAAUUGACACUCCGAAUUACCAAAACACCCUCCUCACUUCUUCAAUAUUACCCGAGCAAAACCCCCAUUUCAUCAUUCAAGAUUUAAACCAGGAGCUCUGCUUUUCUUUGGAUGAUUACAUUGCUGACUCUGGGUUUUCUGGCUUCUUUUAUAAAGAUUGUCCAGGUCCUGUUUGUAUAUCAGAUAUUGUUUCAAGUAAUAGUAAGAAGACUUUUACUUUGCCUGGUUUUUUAUCUAUAGAAUGUGCUAAUGUUGUUUGUUAUAGUGAUAAAGAAGUUGAGAAAAAGACUGACGUUUUUGAUGAAGUGAGUUUUAGGAUAUUAGGUUCUGAUUUGUGGUUUAUUAGGAGAGAACUUGAGGGUUGGACCGAAUAUGAGUAUUUAAAUAUGUGCUCUUUUAAUGUUUUUUCUGCCAUUUUGGGGUUGAAAAGGGUGAAGGAGAGUAAUUUGAGCAAAUGGGUAAUUGUAAAUUCACCACAAUAUGGUAUUGUCAUUGAUGUUCAUUUGAGGGAUCAUAUAUUUAUACUUGUCAGGUUGUGUUUGAAAGCUGUUUUCAGGGAAGUUUCAGGCAUUGUGGAAUUGUUCAAGGGCCAAGAAUUUGAGGGGAAUUUAAAGAGUAUGAGUUUUAAGUGUCCUGUUUUGUCUAAAGCAUUGGCAUGGUUAGCUUCUCAGCUUUCUAUUUUAUAUGGGAAAGCGAAUGCAAAAUUAUACGCGAUUAGUAUUUUUAAGCAAUGCCUAUUAGAAAGUGCAUCACAGUGGUUGUUUUUUCCAUUAGACCAAACUUUGACUGUGACUUCAGAUUUAAAAGAUGGAGAUCGGAGUUCACAUGCUUUCCAGAGUGACAUUAGGGAUGUAAAAGUUGAAAAGCCCGUUGAAAUGAUUGCAGAGAGUGAAGCAAGAGAAAUGAUUCAUGACUCUGUCAACAGUAAGGUGGUUUUUGUGUCCCAAGUUGCAGCAGCUGUUGCAGCACUGCAUGAGCGAUCAUUGCUUGAAGAAAAUAUGAGGGAAUUAAGGAAUUCGCAACCACUUACAAGUUAUCAGCGAAUGGUUGAGCAUGCUUAUGUGUCUAAUAGAGCUGAUGAGGAGAGGAAAAAACGUCCUUAUUAUAAACCUAUUAUUGAGCAUGAUGGACUUCCAAAGAAACCACCAUCUAACCAGGAAUCAAGUAAGAAUAAGACAAAAGAGGAAUUAUUGGCUGAAGAAAGGGAUUACAAACGCCGAAGAAUGUCAUAUCGUGGGAAAAAGUUGAAACGAACAACAUUACAGGUUAUGAGGGAUAUAAUUGAAGAAUACAUGGAUGAAAUCAAGCAAGCAGGAGGAAUUGGUUGUUUUGUGAAAAGAGAUGAAGAGGGUGGUAUGCCUUCAUCAAGACCCCUUGCACAGGAUCUAAACAUGAAUUCUGGGGAAAAUAAUAGCAAUUUAUUUGAAGCAAACAGAGGUAGCCCAAACUAUUACAGGAAACAAUCACGUUAUGAUCUUGAUAUCAAAUCUACAAUGUAUGAGGAUGUUUUGACUAGAGAUCAGGAGCUAUCAAGACGAGGCCAUCAUGAACACCAUGAAAAUUAUGGUGCAGAGGAUCAUUCUAGAAGCAUGGAAAGGCACAAAAUUGAUGACUUGUCAUGUGAGAGGAAUAAUCAUCGAAGAGAGCAAGAAGAUAAUCUUACUGCCUUUGUUGAUGGACGUAGAAAAGGUGAUAGUAGUUCAGUUGGAACAAUGAGAGAUAGCCCCAAUAAUCUCCGGAAGCAAUCUUAUUGUGACCGUGAUGGCAAAUCUACUAUAUUUGAGAAUGGAUUGCCUAGAGAUCAUGAGCUAUUGAAACAGGAGCGUCACUCAAACCGUGAAAAGCAUGGUGAAGAUUAUUAUUCUAGUAGCAUGAAGAAGCACAGAAGUGAUGACUGGUCACAAGAGAAAACUCAUAGAAGAGAGCGAGAAGAUAUGGAGUUGACUAGAGCCAAGCAUCAUGAGAUCAAAACAUCUUCUAGCAGGUCCAAUUAUCAUAAUUGCAGAUCAUCUCAUUCAUCAACUUCUCAUCGAAGAAAAAUAAAAGUCUAUGAUAAUGCAGAAUCUGUGGUACAAAAUGCAUUUGCAGAUCGAUAUGAUCCUUCAGAAUCUCAUGAUGUGAACAAAAAUUAUGUCUUCAAUGGCACUAGCCAUGUCAUACCAGAAUAAUUCCAUGUAUGCACUAGCAGCUGAUGGGAAAAAGGCAAUUAUCCUUCUUAACUUGAUGAUCCUGCUCUAUUUCAAUGAUGGGGCAGGCUUCAGCACUUUUUUUCUGCACCUGUAUCCUCCUUUGUAUCCUUGAUUAUGUUUAUAUUGUCUGUUGCUCAGCUUCUCAUUAUCUGGGUGGUUCUUUUUUUUUUUCCCCCUCUUUUUCAUUUGUUCAUAAACAUAGCACUUUCUUGUAACCCUUGUAAUCUGCAUUUCAUCAUUCAGAUGGGGGACUUUGUGUUCAGGCAUUAGUUGGAAAACAAGGAGAAAAAUUAAUAGUUCUUUUUUUCUUUUAGUGAUUUCUUUUAUGAAUAUAGAUAUAAAGGCAUAUAAGUUGUUGUUAAUGAUCACAAUAGCAGUUUUAAACUUCAUGAUGGUAUCUCAUGCUAUGUGAAUUGGAAAAUUUUGUGACCUCAAGCCAUUUCUCAUGAAAAGGUUCCCACCUUGUCCUUAUUGAUCAGCCUCUGUUUCUGUCCUCUUUAUAUUUGGACUGGGAUAAUCAAUUGAUUCUAUGAUGCAUUUGAUCAUUCAAUUUCUUUUUCAAAGAACUCAUUUAGGCCAUGUAUCAUUAAAUUGUCUAUUUUUGGAAAUAAAUAGCUUUUUAGAGAAUGGAAAAAGUCAUUUUGUCCCAUGCUUUUAAUAUAGAUAAAGCUUUCUUUUGACAGUCAGGGACUGAUUGGAAACUAAAUAAUUGGUGCAGCUGAGAACUGUGUAGUGUUUGCAUGUUGAUUUUUCCACCUGCAGCAAAUUGUUGACACUGUUUCUGUAACUAAUAUUUUCAAAAAAAAUAAUUGAUUGAGACGUGAUUUGAUCCUGGGCCAUUGUUGCAACUUCCUUUAUACCUUAGUUGGCCAAAUGCAUUUACAAAUUGCAUUGAUAUGAUUGAUUGCUUGUCUUCCGACAAUUGGUUGAAUGCAAUUUCAUUUUGCAUUAAUAUGAUUGAUUGUUUGUCUACCUACAAUUGGCUGAAUGCAUUUUCAUUUUGCAUUAAUAUGAUUGAUUGCUUGUCUACCUACGGUUGGCCCAAUGCAUAUGCAAGUUGCAUUUAUAUACUCAGCCAAAAAAAAAAAAAAAAAAAGUUGCAUUUAUAGCAUUGAUUGCUUGUCUACCUACAUUUUCAAACUGAACAAAUUACAUGCUAUGCAUAUGCAUUGCUUGAUCCAGUUUGAAAACAACAGUUGCCAGAUGGGUUAGUGUUGCUAUAGUAGUACUUUUCUUAGGUAAUUUCACAAGUAAUCUGUAAUUUAGCUACUAUUACUUGUGCAUAAUCAAAUCACAUACAAAAUCCUCACGGGAGGAUGGCUGGGCUGCAAAGUCAUCAGAUAUGAAGUUAAAAGUGGCAUGUGAUGCCUAAGUGUACACCACAAGUCCAAAGAUUUGCAGAUUACAAUCACAAGACAUGACCACUGCGUUUGCUGGAGAAGAUUUUCAUUCUUGUAAAGGAUUUGGGAAUGCAAAGGGAGAGAGUGAAGUAGAUUUAAGAAUCAUCGGGCAAAUUUCCCUUCGAGAGAGAUAAAUUGUUGUAAUUGUUCUGAUGAGGUACCAUCAGGUUUGUAAGCAUCAGGGUAAGUAAGAUAUUUGUUGCACAAUUUUAUAUAUUAGUAUUUUUGCCAUUCUUCA